AUGGCAUCUGCACCCAGGCCACCACGCUCCAAGCAGCAGAAAAAUGAGGAAACGUUAACAGUAUAUGCCCUCCUCCUCUUCGGCCUCUUCAUUUUCGUUGUUUCGGCCCAUCGGUGGCAUUCCUCAAGCAAAGGGGCGCCACAAAAACAGCGGUCAGCGGUCAAAAAGGCUCAAGAGGCUACACGACGAGCCUCGGUCCUCGCUUUUCACAAACCCCAACUGAGCUCAGCAUGGGAAUGGUUCGGCCGGCCGUCUCUCGGCCUUGUCACGUUGGUCGGCGUCUUCCUAGCGGCCAACACUUUUCUCUGUUCGACUUCGUUUGCUAGUCACGCAGUCAACCACUUUGCCUCUAGAUAUGGAUGGAUGGCAUCUGCAAACAUGGCCUUGUGCGUCUUUUUUGGAAUGAAGAACACGCCGCUGGCACUUGUUUCAUCGCUCUCACACGCUAGCCUUAAUGUUCUUCAUCGAGUUGUAGGUUACGUAGCAGUCCUGCUCAUUGUUUUACACGCCAUACUUUACACCAUCUUCCUCAGCCGCCAGGGCCGAUUGGCCAAGCUUCUCGAGUCAUCCGACCUGUCAGGAAUCGGCGCCGGCAUCACCAUGAUUGUUCUUCUACUGACAGGUCUUUAUCGAUAUCGUCACUAUGAGAUGUUUUACAUCGGUCACAUCGCUGGCUUUGUGAUGACCAUCAUCCUGGCUGUACUGCACAGACCGCUCUGGGCCAAAAAGCUCCCUAUUGUGAUGCUUUUUACUGCUGGCUUAUGGGCCAUAGAUCGCACCCUACGAACAUCACGUCUAUCAUGGAAUGUCGUCAACAACCAUGCUCUUUGUUAUCCUCUCCCAGGUGGUGGAAUUCGGCUGCUUCUUAAAAAGCCAUCCGUUGAAGGCGCCACACCAGGAUCACAUUGCUAUCUAUGGAUUCCACGCGUACGAUUCUUCCAAUUGCAUCCUUUCACAAUUGUCAGCAACGGGCCUUUAGGUUUGGAGCUCGUGAUAAAGUCGCAGCAAGGCUUUACUGAAGCUCUUGGUGAGUUUGCAAUGAAGCAACCAGGUCGAGCCAUCUGGGCUUCAUUGGAUGGGCCAUACGGCGCGUUGCCAGAUACGACAGGUUACGAUAAAUUGGUUUUCAUUUCCGGAGGGAGCGGCGCGGCGUUUACAUUUGGCCUCAUGAACCGUAUUCUGCACCGCACAGGAGGGUUAAUAUCGCAGCCCAUUGACUUUGUGUGGGCUGUGAAGCACACAGAACAUUUGGCCUGGUUUGGUGACAGCCUUCGGGACCUCGCAAGUGCCGAUUCAACGGUCAAUAUGUUCUUGCACAUCACGAAAGAGGAGCCAGGCCCCAUGGGUAGUGACGGUCUGGUGGUAUUCCCAGAAUUUGCAAAUUUUGGCGUCAAGUCAGAGAACAGUGAGGCACAGCCACUUCUGACCAGAACUGCAAGCAAGGAUAGCCAACCUGGCCUCAAGGCGAGUGUCGUAUACGAGAGGAUGAAUCCCCAGACUGUGGUUCAAAACGCGAUGUUCAAUAUGGGAAGUCAUGAGCAAAUUCUUAUUUGCGUAUGCGGGCCAAAGUCAUUGAUGGACAGAGUCAAGGAGACAGUCAACGAUUGCUGGGCUGAUUCAAAUCCCAGAAUUGACAUCCACUGUGAGGACUUUGGGGGGUCAUAG